AUGCCUGCCGCUAUAGCAGAUCACACUGGUGUUAAGUAUGAUCACAGCUCUUAUUCCUCCAAGGUCCCAAAUCAUCACUACAAACCCUAUCCAACUAGUGCUGCCGUGGAUCGGUCCAGAACCACGAGGCUCAUUGACAAGUGUGAGCGUUGUGCUCGUAAUGACCAUGUCCUCACCCAGAUCCUUAUCAUACCAACACCCUACGAUGCUAUUACGAUCCUCCACCGGCUGUUUGUCCACCGGCUGUCUGAUUUGCUUGCACAUAAAAUGUGCAAGCCUCAGCAGGAUGCCAAGGACAUCAUCUUCUACCACGAUCCUGAUGAUUCUGUCCCCCUUGACACCACAUUGUCUGCCCCCCAGCCAUCAUCAUCUACUAAUCCUCCUCAAGAUGCCUUCUCUAUGCUACUGAAUACUGGGCGCAAACCAACACCAGUUACAGCUGGUGCUCGACAAUCCAUUCAGACCUCUAAGCCAUCUGCUCACCUCCGGGAUGCUGAAAACAUUUAUUCAACCUCGACCUCCACCAGCUCAACAAACCGCAAACGUGCAUUGUCUAGCGCUACUGAACUUCAACUUCAACCGGCUCACAAAAAGGUUUUUUCAUGUCUAUUAUCAGAUGAGGAUAGCCUUGAUGACAACGACACUGGUCAUGACACUGAUCCUUUGGAGGACCAGCCCGAAGCCGAAGCUGAAGUCGAAGCUGAAACCAAACCUGAGGAUGCCAUCCAAGCCACUUUGCCAAAGACUGAACGUACCGCUGACAUUUGCACUGUCUUCACCCGCCAUGAAACACACUGGGGACGCUGGUGA